UAUUUGCUGUGUUGCCAUAGCCUACACACUAUAUAGCAAAGGGUGGUUUCCACCCUCAAGUCUUACAUCCUCAGGACCCCCUUGCUCAUCAUUCUACCUUUACUCAGACUUCCUCAAUGGCUAUUCAGACUGAUAUUCCUGCAAAUCUCACCAAUGCUGACAGGACUUUUAUAUUCCAAGAACUUGAUGGUGAAUUGAAUUCAAGGAUCCUCUAUGCUCUAUUGCAAGGCAUAUAUACAGGAAUCAUUGCUAUCACACUAUGGAAUGCCUGUGAGAGGAAUAUCCUUAUCUUUUUGUCAAUGCUGAAGUGAAUGGCAUAGUUACAAGCAAGUUCCAUCCAGUUGGAUGGGCUAUGGUCAUUGUCAUAACUCUCCUCUAUAUUGUGACCACUAUCAACUUUGCCCUUGCUUGGCUAUCCAUCUGCUCUUUAUAUAUCAACCAUGGCCAGAGUAUUUGGACAAAGUAUCAGUUUUAUACUAUUCCUACUGCUUUAGUAACACUGGGGUCUGGUAUCUCAGCCACUAUCUGCACUAUUCUUGCAGAUUCUACCAUAAUUUGGCGUUGUUGGAUGGUCUGUGGACAGCAGUGGCUGACUAUUUUGCUUCCUGUCCUUUUUCUUAUUUCUGCAACUGCAUGCAACACAGUUGUUGUGUACAAAAAUUGGACCACUCCUUUCAAGCCAUACAUUCUUGGAAACAUACUUUAUUCAUCAUUCAUUCUUGCCACAACUUUAUGGUGCACCUUACUCGUCAUCUACCAUAUUGUCACUGUUACACAAGCAGGAAACAAUAUGGGAGGUGGACUUAGAACUUAUCGCCAUGUUAUUGAGCUUUUGGUUGAAUCAGCAGCUCUUCAUGCUGUAUUCUCCAUCUUAUUUACAGUCCUCUAUGCUUGUAGUAGUCCUGCAUUCUGGUACUUUAGUGUACUUGCUGGAGUUGCAAAGGGAGUUGCACCAACACUCCUUGUUGGGCGCAUUGCAGCAGGUCAUGCCCGCCCAGAUGACUCUUGGCAGGGAAGCAUGAUAUCAGGCUCACUUCACUUCAGGACACGCUCUGGAGGUCAGAAUUCGCAGCAGGAUUCUAUGGAUGAUACUGGUGUCGAGACUGGCAUCUAUGAGACUACCCCCAUGACCCAGCUGGAGGAUGAUCAUUGCGAUAAUAAGAAAGUUGACAAUCCAAGGGAGGACAUCCAAGUCGAGGUUAGACUGAAUGAUGAUUGAUGAUCCCGAUGCGACAAUUGUAUGAGCUGUGAAGCUUGCUAACGAGGCUUCUGACCUGUACUAGAAAGUACGCAUGCUUUAUCUACUUAUGACAAAAUAUGAAGUUCCAUCUUUGCGACUGCCAACGAAGUCUUAC